UUUAAUAUAUUUAUUACAAGUUAUGUAUUGCACUGUACCAUUGUUGUAAACCAAAAUUUCACAUCUGUCAAUGAUCAAAACCUGAUUCUGAUAGGUGAGAGGGGGAGAAUGGGGAUGAUAUAAGCUGGGAAGUGAUGGGCAGAAGAAACCCAGUAACUAGACACUUUUAAGUGGUGGCUGGGUCGUAUUUGUUAGAUGACCCCAGGGCCUGCGUGGAAGUCCCUGCUGCAGCUAUGUUUGGGGCUGUACAGUAUUGCAUUGCAAUGCUACCCUCUAGUGGGCCGAUCACAAAAUAUUUGAGCACCAUCUUUCAAGCACAUUUCUUAAGCCAUAGCAUGACCUUCCUCCCUCACUUCCCAUAGGAACCUGAGAUACAUCUCACCUGAGGCCUCCAAUGGGUCAGGGUCAACCAAGGAUGUUGCAUCCUAGCUGUAUAGAUAUGUAAGCCAGGGCAGUACGAUAUCGAGAACAAGCAGAAGGUUCCCUCUCUCCAUGCAGCUGAUGAACCCAAAGGAACAGCAGACUGAUACGGUUUAACACCAGAGUUGCAGUUGCCGCCAUUCAGUGUCGAACUCGACAUAGGAUUGCCUUAGGGACACCAGUUCCAGACUUUUCCCUCAGAGUUUACACUCAAAGCCUUCCCCAUGAGUAGGUACAGCUGCAAGGCUGCAGAGGUUUGAGAUCAGUUUUCCUUCUUGAUGAGCUGCCAAUGAGCCCCAUCUGCCCAAAGCAACUGGUUUUAAGGCACCAGUAACCCACCUUUGACUCUUCCUCUGUCCGUAGAAACAGUGCAGCAGGCUUAGUAGCUAAGCCACACGUGAAGGUCAUGAGCUGGACUUGGUUGGCAGAUGCUAUUCGAGAUACACGCCAUUGGAAGCUCUCACUUAACCCCACAAAGAUAAUUGUAACCCAUUUUAGAAAUUCAUCAAACCCUCCGCAUUUCCUUAAAAGUACAAAUGAGAAGAGUAUUCAUUUAAGACUAUUAUUAACCUUUGGUUUCAGGCAGAUUGGCAAGGGAUGGGACAAAAGUGGGGAGUGAUGUCAAAUUCAGAAUGUAAACCAAGUUUUCCCCCUCUCCAACCAUUUCAACAAAAAGUGUCAGCACCCACCACCUCUCUAGCAACACAAAACACCCAGAGAGACUAUGAGUUGCAGUCAACACAAACUAUUGUUUACCCAACACAAGUAACAUGGCACAAGUACAGAGAGGUAUCACCCAUUUUCACAGUGAAAGGGGAGACUGACUGUCACAAUGUUAGUCAGCCGCAUUACAUUUUCAUACAGCUGUUGCAGCGAAAUCCUGAUGUUCCAUCUCCUGCAUUGCCUCAGCAAGAAACACUGGCCUGAAACUGGUCACCCACAGUACUGCACCCCUGGAUGCACCAUCCUUCAAUAGUUUAACUUCUCUCUGGACUUGAAGGCAAUUCAAUGUGGCAGAAUCGAGGUGAAGCAGCAGGCCCUUCAGAGAGAAUGAGGAAGACCCAAGACUCAAUCGAUUUUAGUGCCAGGCUGAGUCGAGGUGAGGUGAGGUGAGGUGAGGCAACAGGCCUGCCACCGAAAACAAGGAAGACCCAAGGUUCGAUCAAUUUAGCUGCCAGGCUGAAUCGAGGCAGCGAUUCUGAGCCUACUGAAGCAACUGAACCUGAUGCCAGAGGCAAAGAAUGGGCUGGCUCAGCUCGUUGCUCCACCAUGUUUACUCGGCUCUGAGCUGAACUAUGAGUCUUGGAUUCUCUUGGUGGACUUCAGUUCAGAAGCUAUUUUGCUUACAGUGAUUGUUUGCAUUUUUUCUUUCUUUUUCUCUGCACAUUGGGUGUUUGACCAUCUUUCUUAUGGGUUUCUUUGUUUCAUGGCUGCCUGGUAGAAAACAAAUCUCAAGACUGUAUAAUGCAUACAUACUUUGAUAAUAAAUGUACUUUGAACUUUAACAGGCAGGACCAGUGUUCCAGGAGAACAUUAUGGCAGCUCUCAGGAUCGCUUGGAAAGACCUUCCUAUGAAUCCAUAUGGAUAGAACUUACAAAUACAAAAGGGGUGAUCACUGUGGGCUGGGUUUAUACUCUAGCCUCCUCCACCAAGCAGUCAGUGGGAGCAGAAACACAACGGGGUGUCUGACAGAUUAUUAGCCUCCCCAUAUUGACCAGGAUGUCUUACUGUAAGGAGAAGGAUUUGUAAAGUACAUGCAGAUCAAGAUCCAAGAUUGUUUAUUGUCAUUCAUCAGUACACAAAUGUAAAGGAGAACAGAGCAAUUGUUACCCUGGAUCUGAUGCAACACAAGAAAACCCUGAGUUAAAGAACACAAUAAUAAUAAAAAAAAUACAUAAGAUAGCUUACAAUUAACGUAUAUAUGUCCAUAAGAUGAUGCUGGACACAGAAGUGUCUGUACACAAGGUGACUGACAGGAAAUGAUAAAGGUUGUUGGGGUGUGGAGGGGUGGGUUAGUGGGUGGAGGUUAGGGAAAGUUACAUAAAGAACAUAAUAAAUAUAAAAGCAAUUCUAUAAAACAAUGUACAAGUAACUUGAGUGAGGCCAUAUAUACACAGAUUAGCUGACAUACGGAAACUGAUUAUAUGUACACAAGUGACACUAGGUGCAGGUGUAUCUAUAGUGGUGACUCUGACAGGAAAUGAUAGUAUGACAAAGUGACACUUGGCAAGAGGAACAAUUCUAGGUCGUACAAUUUACAAUGAUCAAUUAACCUACUAACCAGUACAUCUUUAGGCCGUGGGAGGAAAUCUGAGCACCUGGAAGAAACCAAUGCAGUCGUGGGAAGAACAUACAAACUUUCUUACAGCAGACACCAGAAAUGAAUCCCACAUGCAGGUAAAACAACAUGCAACAAGUGAAAGAGAUGGUGAGAGAUCAGAGUCCUGGCUGAAAAACAAGGAUGGCAAGGUUAGGAAACCCCAGGUGACAAGAUGUUGUGGAGUUGAAGAAAAAAUAAGUACAGAGUCAUAAGCAACACAGUGGGUGUAUCCCUAUAGUACAGGGGAGUGUUUACAAAACAAAUAGUGCUCAAAUAAUAGGCCAUGACACAAGGUUAGUUCUAUCUCAAGGAAUUCCAUAAAUAAAGCAGCCAGGGAGAGGGAGAGUUUCUUUUGGGACUGCUUGUAGAGCCCGGAAAUGUGAGCAAGAAUUUAUGAACUUCCAUGAACAUGAAUGGGAAACAGGAGAUGGGCCAAGUGGAACUGGCUCAGGAAGGCACCUUAGUGAGUAUUCAAAAGUUAAGCCAAAGGGCCUGUUUCCCUGCUCUAUGACUCUUUCCAGAAUCUGCUGCAAUUUGCAAACUCACAUUAAGUCCUGAUGUUAGCUUCUCAGCCCCAGAGAAUAGCUUUAUCUUUUUCAACAUUCUUCUCUUUCUAUAUCUCUGCAAGGCAAGAACAAUCCAAGGAUCUACGAUUUUUCCUACUAUUCACACAACAUUGUGUCUGAUACAAUAUACCUCUCUACAAGUCCAAUACGUUCCUUGUUCAGUGUCUCAGACUGGGUAAAUUCCAAAUGUAGAUCUAACAAGUUUUACACAUGUCAGUCAGUGAAGGCUUAUUGGACCCAUCAGAUGAGCGUACAAGUUGGACCAUGCAUUGUGCGCAGUGAUUUGUAGAAGGUUCGAAUGUUACCGGUGUCUGCGUAGUGCUGCAUUCUUUCUGCUAGGGCAGAAUACCAAUUGUUUUGCAUCUGUCUCAGUUUGGCUUGGAUGAUGCUGCAUGCAGCUCUGUAUUCUGCCUUGGCCUUGGUCGUUGGGUCUAGACAGCACCACUUGAUGGUAGGAGCAUUUCUUCUGGAACAGAUUCUGGAUUUCAAUGUUGUUUUCAUCAAACCAGGCUUUCUUUGUUCUUGAAGAGUACCCAACUACCUCGACAGCCGCAUCUUGGAUACCAGUCUUCAUGUGCUCCCAUUUCUUUUGUGUGUCAGAGUCUGCAGUUGGGGUGUCUUUGCAGUCCAGCCUCCCCCUUAACUUGAUCUGGAAUGCAUCACUGAGGCCAAAGAGCUCAUCCACCUGGAGUCUCUUUAACCAUGGUCGCCCUUUCCUUAUCGCUGGCUUGAUAGCCAGUCUAACUUCCACCCUGACCAGUUUCUGAUCCGUAUAGCACUCUGGUCUGCAGAACACCCAACACACCUUUUUGGCGCACAGAAUGUAGUCCAGUAGGUGCCGACGUUUCAGGUCAUCUUGAACCUGGCUUUCUGUUGACACAGUCUGUUUGUUAUAACCAGGCCUAAUACUGUGCAGAGCUCCAGGAGCAUCCACCCGUUGUCACUGCAGUUUCUGCCACCAUGACGACCCAAGACUCCCUGGCAUACCUUGAAGUCACCUAGGACUAUGAUCUUGUCUACCCUGUUUGUUUCCAAUAGGAGGGACUUCAGCUCCCCUUAUAAUGCCUCUUUGACAACAAGGUCUGCCUGCAGUGUGGGCAUAGACACUUACAAGGGUGACAAAUGGGUUGUGUUGCAGGAGUCACAGGGACACAAGUUGAUCCAAGUGUCCGACCAAUAGGCUUUGAAGCUUAUUGAAGAUGGUGCUUUUGAUCAUGAAGCCCACCUGAGUCUGUUCUCGUUGCUGCUUCUGCCUGACCAGAAGAGUGUGUGGCUUACACCAUGCCCUAUCAAAGAUCCUGCAAAAUAUACUUAGCUUACAGCAGCGAUAUCAAUAUCCAGCCAAGCUAGUUCUCGUGCCACAAGCGCUGAGCACCUUUGGUGUCAGUCACCUCCCGUGGAGUCUUACAAUGUGCGUACAUUCCAGGAGGCGAUUUUGAGAUUGAAAGCGAUUGUGAGGUGGUAGACAGAGCACCACGAGAGCCUUUUUGGGAAUAAUCAUCAAGAACAAGCAGCACCCAUUGGAAUGAUCCCCCAGCAUGGGGUCAGGCUUAAGCUCGAUGGCCAGUCAACUUUGGACAAGGUCAAAGCCGCUACUUCCAAGCUGAUAUGCCACAAAGCCCCAGGCUUUGUGGAUCCCAACAGAAGCAUAUAAAAUGGGCGGAGACAUUCUCCUGAGCAAACUCACAAACUUGUUCACACUGUUGGGAGAAAGAUUCAGUCCAAAAUGAUGCUGUAAUUGUCUCCCCGUACAAGAAUAAAGGGGAGAAAUUCGAUUGCUCAAACUACAGAGGCACUACCCUACUGUCCACCACCAGGAUGGUUCUUACCAGAACUCUCUUGGCUAGUCAUCCCUACCAUUGCCAAAGGCAUCCUCAGAGAGUCGGUGCGGAUUCAGUGUGAACAGAACAUGGGACUGUACGCAGUGUUCAUUAACCUGGAAAUGGGCUUUGAUGCAGUCAGCCGUGAUGGUCUCUGUAAGAUUCUGUCAAUGUUCAGCUGUCCCCCAAAAUUCCUCACCAUCCUACAGCAGCUCCAUGAAGACCAAAGUGAUCAGGUUAAACAAAGCAGCGAGCUGUCUGACCCAUUCACUGUCAGUACUGGCAUGAAACAAGGCUGUACUUUGGCAUCAACACUCUUAGCCAUGGUGCCAUGGAAAGCAAAAGAGACCACCUCAAAGAGCACUAAUGAAAAUAUCUUCAACCUCUGUCACCUUCUCGCCCAAACAAAAACCCUGUAAGAGCCUAUUCUCAAGUUGCUAUGCAGAUGACUAUGCUCUUCUCACACAAAGGACGUGCUACAGACUGCAGUCACUCAUUUUGCCAAGGCUGUAAGGGCUUUUGAACAGUCAGUCUGAAGAAAACAAUGAUCCUCCAUCCGAAGCCCCUUCGUGGCAUUUACAACCACCUUCUCACCAUGGCUGAGCCAUUCACCUACCUGGGCAACAUCAUCUCCAAAGGCGCUAUGGCCGUAAAGGAUGUUGACAAUCAACUUACCAGAGCCAGCAGAGCCUUUGGGUGCCUCCAGAAACGUGUGUGGCAGAGCACCGGCUGUGCUUGUCCACAAAAUCCAGGUCACAACACUCUGUACAGCUCCGAAGUCUGGGUCUUGUACCACAGGGAAACUCAGUUGCUCGAGCACUUCCAUCAGCGCUGCCUCCGCUCCAUCAUGGGUAUCAGCCGUCAGGAUUGUGGCUCCAACAACGGGGUCCUGGAGAAGGCUCAACUCCCAAACACUGAAGACACUUUGCUGAUCAAACAGCUCCGCUGGUCAGGCCACGCGUCCCGCACGGACAACUCCAGGUUACCAAAAGCAGAACUCUACGGAAAACUCUCUCAGAGCAAGAGAGAUCAUGGUGCUCCGUGCAAGAGGUACGAUGACCAACUUAAGUGGUAGCUCCCUCAGGCAAAUAUCAAGGUCAACAAGUGGCAGCAGUUGUCUUGUGACAGAAACUGCUGGAGAACACGGAUCCACAGCAAAACCAACAAUUUUGAGGAAUCCAGAAGAGCAACUGCUGAAGAGGAGACACAGGAAGGAUCCUACUACCCAAGCGCCCACAUCCCAGCUGUUCCCCUGUCCCCACUGCGCCAGAGUCUGCAGAUCCAGAAUUGGUCUCCACAGUCACCAACCAUCAUGCCAUAGCCAAGGACUCUUCUUCCCUCCUGAUCUUCACAAGCAAAGAACCAGCCAUCAGUGGGCAUUAUACUCUGACAUCCUUCUAAAAUGUGAGUGACUAGAAGUGUUUUAAUGCUCGGUUUCCUUCAAAUGUAUCAAAACCUUUAAGCAGUUAACACCAACCCAUCAGCAGCACCGACCUUCUGCUGUAAAGUCAAAUCAACCCAUCAGUGUCCCCCUCCGACCUCCUGCCGUAAAUGCGGGAGGCGGUAGAGGCUAAGUGUCGCGAAGCGAGCGGUCAAACCGCCGCUAUGGCGGGCCGCCGGCUGCUGCCGCUGUCCCUCCUGAUACUGCUGCUGACCCCGACCCCGGUGGGCGGCCAGCGGGAGGCCGAGCCGUUCCAGCCGGCGUCGGCGCUCUCCCAGUUCGAGUUCAGGACGGCGAGGAGCGGUUACAGCCCGGACGCCGAAAUGCCGCUGUUGGUGUGGUGGAGCGAGCAGCUCUUCCCUCACUUCCCUCGCCGCCGCCAGCGCAUCGAUUGCGCCGCCGGCUCCUGCCUCAGCACCAGCCGGCGCCGCGCCGCCCCCGCCGCCGACGCUCUCAUUUUCUACGGCACCGAUUUCCGAGCGUACGAGGCGCCGCUACCGCGGCCGGCCCGCCAGGCCUGGGCCCUCUUCCAUGAGGAGUCGCCCAUGAACAACUACCUGCUGUCGCACGCCGCCGGCAUCCGCCUCUUCAACUACACGGCCACCUUCCGCCGCCACUCCGACUACCCGCUCGCCCUGCAGUGGCUGCCCGGCCUCGACUAUCUGCUCAGACCGCCUCUGCCCCUCGCCCAGAAAGGCCGAGGCCGCGCACCCGUCCUCUACCUGCAAUCCCACUGCGAGGUCGCCUCGGACAGGGACCGCUACGUCCGCCGCCUCAUGGAGCACCUACAGAUUGACUCCUAUGGCCAGUGCCUGCAGAACAAAGAGCUACCCAGCCAGCGGUUAGUAGACACUCAGACAGCAACAACAGAAGAUUCAGAAUUCAUGGAUUUUAUUAGCAAGUACAAGUUCCACCUGGCUAUGGAGAAUGCGAUCUGUGAUGAUUACAUGACAGAGAAACUGUGGCGGCCCAUGCACUUGGGAGUGGUGCCAAUAUACCGCGGUUCCCCUGUGGUGCAGGACUGGAUGCCCAAUUCCCACUCUAUAAUUCUGAUCGAUGAUUUCAAAUCUCCAAAGGACCUAGCAGACUACAUCAAUUUUCUGGAUCAGAAUGACAAAGAGUACAUGAAAUAUCUGGAGUAUAAACAGCCAGGUGGCAUCACCAACACGCUACUGCUAGAAACUCUAGAGAAGCGGGAGUGGGGCGUGAACGACAUCAGCAAACCCAACUAUUUGAAUGGAUUUGAAUGCUAUGUCUGCGAUCAGGAGAGUAUACGCCUUCGGGCAGAGAAGGCGCAUCAAGAACAACCAGACAAAUUUCCACCACCAGCCCCCAGGAUAGCUGCUUAUAAACACAUGGGGUGUCCAGUUCCAGAGCCUGGAUAUGGAAGCUUCGAUGACAUACCUGACAAUGACAGUUGGAAACAAAUGUGGCAGCAAGAUUAUUGGCAGAGUGUUGACCAAGCUGAGGCCCUGACAACCAUGAUUCUCCGGAAUGAGACCGACUCGAGUAAACUGUGGGAUUAUGUUCACCAACUGUUAAUGAAGAGGACUAAUCACUAAUAUUGGGAGUAAAAGCCAUUCACAAAUCCUGCUUGAAAAUCAUGCCAAAAGUGGAUAAGUCCUACCAUGUGUGCAUGAUUUAAUGGUCAUAUAGACUUACCUAUAGAUCUAUUUUCAUUGAGAAUAAUUUCUUACAAUUUUAUAUUUUUGUAAGUUCAUUCAUUCUGGUUAUAAGGCCAAAAAUAUGCAGUUUUUUAAACUUUAUGGGUGUCUAAGGAAAGAAAUGUUCACCCUCAUUGAACUGAUUGCAGGGAUCCAUUGGUCCAGCACACAUAUUAUAUUGUCUGUUAUAAAACAUAGAACACUACAUCACAGUACAGGCUCUUCGGCCCACAUUGUUGUGCUGACCUUCUAACCUUCUUAUGAUCAAUCUAACUCUUCCCUCCAUCAUAGCCCGCCAUUUUAUGUUACAAAGGUGGUGCUAAGCAGCAGCUUUAAAAUCUGUACAUGUUGCACUCACUUCGGUUGGUAGGUUAAUUGGACACCCCUAUUCUGAGGCUGUGCCCUCUGGUCUCAGACUCUCUCACCAUUGGAAACAUCUUCUCCACAUCCACUCUAUCAAGGCCUUUCACCAUUCAAUAAAUUUCAAUGAAGUCAGCCCUCACUCGUCUGAAUUCUACUGAAUACAAGCCUGCAGACAUCAAGCUCUCUUCAUAUUCCAAGCCAUUCAAUUCUGGAGUCAUUUUUGUGAACCUCUUUUGAACCCUCUCCAGUUUAGUCACAUCCUUUCUAACCUCACAAUACUCCCAAGUGAGGCUCACUAGUGUUUUAUAAAGUUUCAACAUUACUUGGGGAUGUCUCCCCAGCUGCACUGUACAGGAAGAUAAGAAACUCUAAAUGAUAAACACAAGAGAUUCUGAGAUGCUGGAAAUUCAGAGUAACACACACAAAAGGCUGGAGGAACUCAGCAGGUCAGACAGCAUCUAUGGAGAGGGAUAAGAAGUUGACAUACAAAAUUCGAAGUAAAUUCGUUAUCGAAGUAUUCAAAUCUCACCAUAUACUAUACUACCCUAAGAUUAUUUCACAGUAGAAAGAAACACAAUAUAAUCAAUGCAACAAAGAUGACAAACAACCAAUGUGCAGAAGACAACAAACUGAGCAAGUACAAAAAAAAGGGAAAAAAAUCAAUAUAUAAGUAAUAAAUAUUGAGACCAUGAGUUGUAGAGUCCAUAAGAGUGAGUCUAUAGAUAUUGGAAUCAUUUCAUUGUUGAGGUGAGUGAAAUUAUCCCCUCUGGAUCAAAAGCCUUAUGGUUGAUGGGUACUAGCUGCUUGUGUGGACUUGAGACUUUUUGGCCUGAGACCCUUCAUCGGGGAGUAACACUAAAUUAUGCUGUGGGCAUUACAGAAGGGUGUUUGUAUGUCACCUUUUCCACUCCUUAACUCUUUUGGUCCAAUUAUUGUCUUACGUGAAGAGGUUACAAACUAAGUUUUGAUUAAAUUAACCUCUCAUCUCCACAUUCCCCACUGCCCCCAAUCUUCUAGCCUGCCAUGUGACCUCCCUCUCCCCCACCCAAGUAUCAUCUUCACUAUAAUCACCCCCUACAAAUCCUUCACCAUGAACCAAUUAAUUCCCUCAACUAUCCACACAAGCCCCAAAUAUCAUCUGUCCCAGAGAUCUCCAGAAGCCAACAUACACCCAACCUCUUCACAUACCUCUUGUUCCUGACCACUCAACCUCUUGGUUUGCCCUGACUCUCCUGAUCCCUAAUCUACCCACUUCACCCCACAUCUCUGCCACCACAUGGUGCACUGGGCUGGGUCUUAGAUUUGCCUGACUCUCUGGGCUUCAGUACUUCUUGACUACAGUCCCACUUUUAGCAAUAGUACGAUCUUGCACAUCAUCAUUGUGUUUCAUAAUCCAUUUUGUAGUAUGGAGGUCAGAUCUGUGCAUAUUGCUCCCCCUUACCUAGCCUAUGUUCUAUGUCAUUUUAACGUAACUGGUCUGAAGACAGGAUCACAUAUAGUUUUUGAGUGAACCAUGAUUAAAGAUAUACGGUCAUAGAGCUAAACAAACUGAAACAGGCCAUUGAUUUAUAUUUUUAUUUUAGUGAUGCAAUGUGGAGAAGGCCCUUCCAGCCCUUCAGCCAUAAUGCCCCAGCAACCCUGAUUAACCAUAUCCCAAUCAUAGGACAAUUUAUAAUGACCAAUUAACCUAUGUAUGUCUUUGGACUGUGCAAAGAAACCAGAGGAUGCAGAGAAAACCCACGCAUUCCACAGAGAAAUGUACAGUGACUCCUUACGGAGGAUGCCAGGAUUGAACUGCAAACUCUAACACCCUGAGCAGUAAUAGCGUUGUGCUAACUAGUACACUGCCAUGCUGCCUAGUUCAGCCCAACUCAUUGGGCUAAUCAUAAUUCACACCAAAGUUGGUCCCAUUUCUUUGUGUUAGCCCAUGUCCUCUAAAUUUUUUCUAUCCAUGUACCUGUCCAAGUACUCUUUAAAUGUCAAAAUUAUACCUGCCACUUCCACUGACAUAUACUCACCACCCUCUGUAUGAACACAGUAGUACCUCAGGUCCCUUAUAAAUCUUUACGCUCUCACCUUAACCUGUACCCUCUAGUUUUGAAUUCCCCUACUCUGGGAAAAAGACUUUGACUAUUCACCGUAUCUAUGCCCCUCAUGAUUUUGUAAACCAAUAUAAGAUCACCCCUCACUCUCCAAUGGUCCUAAAGAAAAGAGUCCAAGCUUACCAGCCUUGGAUAAACCAAAACAUGUAAAUGGAAUUUAAUCCUUAAUUAAAUUAGAUUUUUUUGUUUUUCAAUAUAAAUAUUUGGAAGUACAAAAUUGGUAAUAUGGUACCCUUUUUUCCACUGAGAAUAGGAGGGACUACCAGAGGUCAUGGGUUAAGGGUGAAAGAUGAAAAGUAAGGGGAGACAUCUUCACUCAGAAGGUCAUGAGUGUGGAACAAGCUGCCAGCACAAGUGGUGCAUGCGAGCUUGAUUUCAGCGUUUAAGAGAAGUUUGGAUAGGUACAUGGAGGGCUAUGGAUCUGGUGCAGGUCAAUGGAAGUAGACAGUUUAAAUGGUUUGACACGGAUUAGAUGGGUCAUAGGGCCGGUUUCAGUGCUGUACUGUACUUUUCUAUGACUCUAGGUGAGAUAUUCAACACUCCCAAAAUUUUGAUUCCUGUGACUUCAUUUGGUUCAACCGAAACAGAUUUCAGAAGAGAGAUGUAAUCCCAAAUAACUGCCUACAAAAAGUUCAUGCAGGUGAGUGCUUGUGAUAUAGUGAAGAGUGUUUGCAUUGAAAAUUGGGUGGAGGAAUUUAUUUCGCAGGAGCUAGAAAGCACAAAGAUUAAGGGAUGCUGUGUGUUUAGGGAGUUCAGCUUCAAGUGAGUUUUUGAUGUAAAGGAGCUUAGAGCCUUGAAAUGAAUGUGCUUAGUAUUUUUCUUAACCAAAGCAAAUAAAACAUCUGGCUUUCAUUUAGAGGGUGGCAGGAGGUUACAAAAAAUGUGCACAAAAAUAUUUUGAAUGCUUGCCUUCAAUCUUUGUGCUUUAGGGGCCACCACUGCAGAACUUGCUGGAGAUCCAUUAUGUGGCAACUUCCAAUUUCUUCCUCUGUCUGUGCAAGGUUACUUGUUCAUUUAUCUUUUGGUCACGGGAGGUUCGUUACUGCAGGUUUGCUUGUCUGUUUGGUGGUGAUUGACAGUAGCGAUGUUCAAGCAGGGUUAAUUGAUGCUGGAGGGAGAGCAAAGCUCCACAGGAGAACUGUCAGAUGCUCAAUUAUCUUAGUUUUCAGUUGUUGCUAAAGCUUUAUGGGGUUUGUAUGAAACAUGAGUGUAAAGCGGGUUUCUUUCUUUCUUUCUUUCUUUCUUUCUUUUACAUGAGGUAGUCUUGAGAUAUAAAUAUAUUACCAACAAAGGUGUGUUGUUGAUUUUAACGAUUUUUGACAAAACUGACUCAUGACCAGGAAAAAUAUUGCAGGAUUGUUCAGCAAGAUAAUUUAAGAUACAAUAUUAUAUAGGUGUAGGGUUUACUUAAAUCACUAAAAGUACCCCUGCCUGACAAGUGUAUGAGUACAAGAUUUAUAGCACGAUUCAUUUGGCAUUGUGAAAUAGUGUAUUCCUUCUGCAGAUGAUACAGCUCGUAAAACUACAUCAGAUUAUCUUACAUCAGAAAUCAGUCCAUCAAUAGAACUAUUCCACAGUCAAAAUGAAAGUCCAACCUUUAUAGAUAAAAUGAUUAUUUAAAAUUAUCCACUACAUUCUACAGCAGUGAAAACAGUGGCCAAGCAUUACUCUGGGAAAACACUGACUAUCAAAUACACAUGAAAGGAACUGUUGAUCCACUGUUCUCUACCGGUGUUGGUGGGUUGAGAUGCAGUUGUUAUUUACAGAAUACACUCAGUAGCCACUUUAUUAAGUACACCUGUAUACCUGCUCCUUAAUGCAAAUAUCUCAUCAGCCAACCAUGUGGCAGCAACUCAAUGCAUAAAAGCAUGCAUACAUGGUCAAGAGGGUCGGUUGUUGUUCAGACCAAGCGUCAGAAUGGAAAAGUAAUGUGAUCUAAGUGACUUUGAUCAUGGAAUAAUUGUUGGUGCCAGGCAGGGUGGUUUGAGUAUCUCAGAAACUAUUCAUCUCCUGGGAUUUUCACACACAACAGUUCUAGAGUUUACAGAGAAUGGUGAAAAACAACAAAACAUCCAGAGAGUGGCAAUCUAGUAGGUGAAAACGCCUGUUAAUGAGAGAGGUCAGAAGGAAAUGGCCAAACUAGUUCCAGCUGAUAGGAAGUCAACAAUAUCUCAAAUAACCACACAUUACAACAGUGAUAUCAAAAAAGCAUCUUUGACCGCACAACAUGUCAAAUCUACAGCACCAGCAGACCACACUGGGUUCCAUUCUUGUACCUAAUGAAGUGGCCACUGAGUGUAGUAACCCAAUUACCAUUGAGGAGCUUUAACUAAUAUAUUUCUAUUCUGCUGUUUGGUAACCUAAGAUUUGGAAGAACUGCACUUUAGCCUUUCAAUGCAAUUUGAAUCUUUAAUUAAUGUAAUAAUUAAAAAUGGAUACCAAAGAAUUGUUUCAAAUUGUUUACCUGGAUGUCGGUCUUGUUUUCACUAUUGUACACCAUUUAAUCUUAACUACUCAGUGAGAUUAACAUGGAAGAAGCAAGGAAUAUUUUUUGUGUCUACCUGUUCAUGUGGAGCUAUUUACAGAAUUUGUUGAGCAUAACCAAAGGAAUUUAUUGCUACAUGUUGCUGUAGUAUUUAUCACUACAUUAUAGAGCCUGGUUACCUCAUCCAAAUCUGACAGAACUCACCUCUAUGUAUGCUAUUUGAUUCUUGCCUUGCCAUUCCAGCUCAGCUGUGUUUUAUCCAGCUCGGAAUGUUUUACUUUGUGUUACUGCCUGCAUUCCCUGUUUUUAAUCUCAGACAGACACAGAGCACGUUUCAAGUUGUUACAUUUCCAAUGAACGACAGGUUGGAGCAAGAUAGGGGAAAACAAUAUCGAUCCUCAGGCGAGGGUUGAGUGUGGUUUUGCUAUGGUUAGGGUGGGUUGGUUUAUGUUUUAAAUGCAUACCUAUGCAUUGUGACUGCCUGACUCACUGGAGAGACACUGAAACUAGUGAUAUAAAAAUCUCUAAUCAGAAUCAAGUUUCAUAUCACUGGCAUAAGUCAUGAAAUUUGUUGCUUUGUGGCAGGAGUACAUUGCAAUACAUAAUAAUAAAAACUAUAUUACAAUAUUUAUACAAAAGAAGAAAAUUCAGUUAGUGCAGAAAGAGAUGGGAAAAUACUGAGAUAGUGUUCAUGAGAACAUUGUCUAUUCAGAAAUCUGAUGGCGGAGAAUAAGAAACUUGUUAAAAUAGUGAAUUGUGCCUUGAGGCUCCUGUACCUCCUCCUUGAUGGUAACAGUGAGAAGAUAGGGGUCCUUAAUCCAAGUCAAGUCAACUUUUAUUGUCCUUUCGAUCAUAACUGCUGGUACAGUACAUAGUAAUAAUGAGACAAUGUUUUUCAGGACCAUGGUUUACAUGACACAGUACAAAAACUAGACUGAACUACGUAAUAAAAAAAAACACAGAGAAAGCUAUACUAGACUACAGACCUACACUUUUUGCCUUUUCAAGGUGUCCUGGAUGUUGGGGAGGGUUGGGGUUAAUAUAUGUUAAAGCUGGCUGAGUUUGCAAAUUUAUGUAGCUUUUCCAGUCCUGUGCAGUGUCUCCUCCAUAACUCCAACUAGUUAGAAUACUCUCCAUGGUACAUCUGUAGAAAUUUGCAAAAGUCUUAGGGGACAUACCAAAUCUCCUCAAACUCCAAUGAAAAACAAACAUAAAAGGUCUCCUGGAGAGAGCCUCAUUCUCCUCUCCUGACACAGUGUUUUAUUUUCUGAACACAAAAAUAACGAAAGAUUAUAGCUUCAGUAUCUAUAAUUAUCUAUCUUAACAUUUUGGAUGGCAGCUUUGCAGAAUUACAUAUUUACAAUAGCAGUGCAUCAGAUUUGUUAUCUUUGCACUGUACUGCUGCCACAAAGAGCAAAAACUCUUUGAAUAUUCAAAUACAGGUGGCUGGUCUGAUAACUAAUUUCCAUGGCAUGAAAAUUAGCUUUUUGCAGCAACAGCACUGUACAUUGUAAGACAGUUGGGCACCACCGUGGUGUAGCAGUUAGCGCAACUCUUUGGAGUUCGGAGUAUAGUUCCAACAUCAUCUCUAAGGAGUCUGUACAUCCUCCCCAUGGAAUGCGUGGGUUUUCUCUGGGUGUUCCAGGUACCUCCCACAGUCCAAAGAUAUACUGGUUAGUAGGUUAAUUGGUCGUUGUAAGUUGUCCAGUGAUUAGGCUCGGAUUAAGUCGGGAAUAGCUGGGCAGCACAGCUCGAAGGGAUGGAUGGACCUAUUCUAUAUUGUAUCCCAAUAAAAAACUUAACAAUUCUCCUGUUUAAGUCCAGCUACACAUAACUCCAGAUUGACACUUAACAUCUGCUCAAAUAGGUAGAAUGAGCAGUUAGUAAUAAAUUGCCACCCAAUGUUGCAUCCAAGAGCUUAUUUAGGGGCAAAGAUCUUUCCCAGGUUGCGAAAUUCCUCAGUUUUUCUGUCUGCAGAAUACAAUGUUAAAUGUCAGGUGUAGGGCCCAGCAAACACAUUGCUUAACUGUUACAAAAUUUGUUAAGGAUAACCACUCUAGUUCAUUGCGUGCCUCAAUAAACUAGAAGAAAGAUAGUGAAAUACGUUCCAGUAAUUAUAAUUGGACAAUGGGCAGAUUUGUUGUCUUUGCAGCAACAUUGUACUGCUGCCACAAAGACAACAAAUUUCAUGAUAUAUGUAGGUGAUUUUAAACCUGAUUCUGAUUGUACUUUAUGAAUUGUAACACAGACAGUAUUUGACAUUGUUUGUACAAAUAAAAGAAAAGCAGUGUUGUGACAAAAAAUCAGAAAUACUAUGACUGGUCAGAAGUAUGGCUAAUUUCUAUUUUUAUCUGUUCUUUCCAUUUAACUUCUAUAUAUUUGAAUCUAAGUUGCUUGUGAGUAUCUUAUUCUGAACAUGCAAAAUACUUCCUCAAAAUAACCCUCUCAAUCCCAGUGGCAAGGGGUCGUAUUAUUAUUUUAGUCAAGUUAUAUAAGGUAAAAGAAAGUAGUUGUUAUUUGUAAUGCAGAUAAUGUUGGAUACAAAAUCAAUAAAAAUUAUAAUUCAA